AUGGUUGGCGAGGUGAUUCAGGCUCGGCAGCAGGGAAUGACCCUGGCUUUUAAACCCAAGCCCAGUAUCCUGGAAGAGUAUAAUGAUCGCAUACAAAAGUUACUAAGGGAGAGUAGCUUUGCUGAUCCUAAUUGCAAUAGCUGGUACAAGCAAGACGAUGGAAAUAUUACCAACAACUGGUCUGGGACCGUCGUUGAUUACCAGCAAAACCUGUCCCAGGUGCAGUGGGAGGACUAUAUUGCCGAGGGCUCUGGAAAAUACGUCGUUGUUGACAAAAAGCCUUCUCGUAUUGGUCGAGUUCGUGAGGAAACGCUGUUCAGCGAUACCUCUCUGCUCAUUGGAGCCGCUAGUAUUCUGGCAGCAGCUGGUGGGUACCUUCUGGCUCGGCCUCGACUUAUGAGGGCAUGA